GCCCUCUCUGCUGGCCAAAAACAUUUGUGUCCAGACGUUAGCGCUCCAGAGAGCCAGACAACACCGGGUUUUUUAAAAACUUUUUUUUCUGUCUUAUUCAUUAGCCUGAAUCAGCCCACAGAGGUCUUUCGAAUAUGGUCUGUGGCGGUUUCACCUGUUCCAAAAAUGCGCUUUGUUCCCUGAAUGUGGUUUAUAUGCUGGUUGGGCUGCUGCUGAUCGGAGUGGCAGCAUGGGGGAAGGGGUUCGGCUUGGUGUCGAGCAUCCACAUCAUCGGUGGGGUCAUCGCGGUGGGCGUCUUCCUGCUGCUCAUCUCCAUCGUAGGACUCAUCGGAGCAAUGCACCACCACCAAGUCAUGCUCUUCUUUUACAUGGUCAUCCUUUUCAUCGUUUUCCUGUUCCAAUUUGGAGUUUCCUGCUCCUGCCUGGCAAUGAACCGCGGGCAGCAGGAGGCGCUUCUGAACUCUGCUUGGGGAAUGUUGGAAAAUAACACCAAGACAGACCUGGAGAGCCAGCUGAACUGCUGCGGGCUGCUCAAUGUCACCGCCAGUCGAGCACAGUUUGAUCAAGACUUACAAAACUGCAACGCUUUAUGCAAAAAGAAAGGUUUCUGUUACACCUGCGGGGAUAUGAUGCUGAAUCAUGCAACAGAGGCUCUGAAGAUCCUCGGGGGCGUCGGACUCUUCUUCAGUUUCACAGAGAUCCUGGGAGUGUGGCUCGCUGUGCGCUACAGGAACCAGAAGGAUCCACGAGCAAACCCAAGUGCUUUCCUAUAGUCUGUCCCACGUACACAGUGCAGCACCAUAGAUGAAGUUUCAGACACACUGGUACACAUAGCAUCACGCACACCUAGAGGCAGACACUCAGGCAUAUAAUACAGAGCCACACCAACGACAACAGCACAGAACGGACGAGCGCACGUAGCACCUGACAAACACUGAGAAGCAAAACAACACACACCUUCACCUGAGACCGAGAAACUACAACGUCUGUCACCUGUUUCGGGAAAGAGCUCAAGCUGGAAGACCUGGACACUCAUGUAUGAAAGGAUAACUUGUGAUACCACAAGUGUGGUGGUGUGGUGUCGCGACCCAGCCUCGAUUUGAGUUCCAGAUCUCCUGAUUGCCGCCUGCUAGUUUCACAAGCGAUGAGACAUCUCUGCAUGUGUCCUCCGCCUGCACAGACAAACAGCCUCUUUGUUUGUUUCAUUCCUCACACCAAUCAAAUGACUGUGCAGUGUUCGACGGCUAACUUGUAUGCACCUAGGCAUUUUUUCCUCUCGUCUCUAAUGUAGUGCCACCACUUUAACAACAAAUAUAUUCCUCUGGUCAGUGCUGUCGGUGAUGUGUACAACUGUAUAUCCAAAACACGUCCAGUGUGAUGUUGUCAGCUGAGGAGGGACGAAGGCUCAUUCUGGACGUGUGUUGUAAAGUAGUUUUUGGAUUGUAUGUAAAUUGUUUUUUUUGUUUCUUUGUUAGUUUUUUUUCCAGAUGCCAUAAAUGCCAGAUUAACAGGAUUAGGAAGCAAGAUUAGAUUUUAGGUGACGUAGUUGCUAGUCAUUCUGGUUCAAAUAUUUGUGAACUGUAACUGAGCCAACCAACUUUUAAUGGAGAUGUUAGGAUGCCAAUGGACUGCAGCCUUGAUGUUGUACAUAAUCUUUUCGAAGUCAUUCUUUGCCAUGUGGUUGCUCCUCUUGUUGGGAGGUUUGCCUGCAUAUAUGAGGUCUUUGAAGGCCACAUUUGAAAGGCGGAGUCCCUCCUGUUCUGUCGGGCCACCUUCGGAUCUUAUUUCAGAAAAAAUAUAUAUGGUACUGCCAUGAAUUACAUAUAUGAUUGUUGUCAAUUUAAAAGAUAUUUUAUAAACUUUAGAAAGUCGUAGUUUUGUCAUAAAGCUUAUGAAAUAUGAGAUAAAUAUGUAAUUUUAAAGAAUACACACCCAGCAGUUGUGUUGGUGGUCUUGUCUUAACUGACACCAAAACAUUACAGCUCUAAUAUGUUUGAAUUUUACUUUAAUACAUGAAAUAAUUUCUAAGAUCAUCAACAAAAAUGUGAAGAGGUCUGUGUUUUGUGUUGCAGACAGCUACUUAUAUUAGCACGCUCCUGUGUUAGCGGUGUUAACACCAACACUCCCCCACUGCUCCGACUUCACAGUCUUAGCUUACUGUUAGCUACAUGGCUAACUGAGCUAACUAGCGGUUACUCUGGUGAUAAGCUGCCCCCCCUGUUUGUUUUGAGUAUGAAUUCAAGGGUUGUCCAAUCUUAACAUACUGUGCCUUUAAGCCUUGUCGUGUAUAUUAGCUCGCUCACAGACUAAAUCACCUCAAACAUAGCUGCGGUUGUCAGAAUGGCCAGAUUUCUUGUGUUUUUUGAAAUACUUUUUUCUGUGCUGUCGUGACGGCCAUUUUGGCACUGCUAUCAUAUAUUGUGUUGAAAAUUAUUUCACACAAAUCUCGAUUGUAUUUUACUCCUUUUUUUUAUGACAAACUGUGACUUUCUUGGCUUGUAAAUGCAUCUUUUUGUUUUACAAACGUGUGUGAUUCAUGGCACAAUUCGAAUAGGUUAAAAAACGUGCCUGCCAUCGACUACUGUACAUAUUGUUUCUGAAGCAGUGUCUCAUGGGAAACACCAGAGGAGGCGGGACUUCUCCUCUCUAUAAUCAACUCCUUCCUGUAUUUACUCUGUUCCUUUGUGUCGCACAGUGACGUUGCUUAGUUUAGAUUCUGGUUGUAGAGAAGUGGAUUCAGGUACUUAUCAUGACCUCCUGUGUAACUGGAAGAAAUCUCAAUAUUAUAAAAAAAAAAAAACAACAACAAAAAAAAGUAAUAAGAAGUGCUGUUUGAUUUCAGGUAAUUGGGUAAAUUUGGCCAAAACUGCUCAUUGCUUAAACCCAAUUUUGUUUUAUAGUGUUAAUUGUGAAAAUGUGCUUUUGGUUGCAAUAUUUCUUGUUUUUAAUAUUUUAAAAUUCCUCUGUAGAAUAAUUCUGUUCUCUGUUGCCAUCAGCUCCUUUUCGUUCAUCAGUGUUAUUAAAUGCUUUGUAAAAAAGACGUGUUAAAUAUUUUCAGGAUGUAUUUAAGUUUCCGUUGGAUGAUGAUGCACAUGAUAGCCUCAAGUUAUGUUGAAGUUUUUGGUGCCGAGCUCGAUGUUGGUCAUUUGAUGAAUCAUGGCUCAUUAAUUUCUCUCUUUUAAAAGAUGUGUUUUUGUUUUUUUUCUCUCUUUUGAAUUGCUUUUAACUUAAAGGACUAACACUAACUGUAAUUAUAUUGUCUUACUUGAAUCUGUCGGCUGAUAUGGAUUUCCCUGCUGCUGGUUUGGAGUUCUCGCUGGUGUUAAAAAAAAAAAAAAAACAAUGACAAAAAACAUUUUGACAGAUCUUAAGCAUUAUUAUGCCGUAUAUUACACCUCACUUUGAAUUUGUGUGCACUUGUCCUUCAAUUUAUCUUGAUUUUUUUGAGACCUAAUUUUCCAAAUAAUAAAACCUUGAAUUGGAAACUG